AUCUUGUGUCAGAAACCGUUAGAGCCGGUCAGACCUACCUGGACGAUUCAAGGACGUUGGACAGAUUCCGGCAACAAGACAGAGUAACUGGAAGAACAGAAGACAUUGCAAUCUUAUUGACAGGAUUGGAUAUGGCCUCUUUUCCAAGGAACGGCGAAUGGAGUACGAGCGUAGCCGGACUUGCCUACUUGGGAGGACUUUGCACUCCAGGAUACAACGCCGCCCUCGCAGAAGACACGGCACUCACCUACAGCAAAGUUCACCAUGUUGCACACGAGCUGGGCCACUUACUGGGCGCACCACAUGACGGAGAUCCGACUGCCAGCACCUGUGACUUCUCCGAUGGCUACAUGAUGGGCUACAACAACAAAAGCGUCAACCAUUACACAUUUUCUGUGUGCAGUCAAGACACAAUAAGGGCACACCUCAAAUCUGCAGAUAAAAGUUGUGUGGCAGCGAUGGCCACCCCUGUAUACAAGACUCCGGAAGGACUUCCCGGUAAAAAUAUCAAUUUGGACAAGUACUGCAACAUGGUCAAUAAGAAAAUGACAUUCGCCCGCUUGAGUGCCCCACUCGGAGGCGAUUUUAUCAAACGCACCCUCUCAGGGAGCAACAGGGAAAAGAGGCAGGGGGCUCAAACUGAGUGA